AUGGCGCAAUUUGAUGAGAAGGAGAGCAAGUUAGAAGGAGUGACACGAAUGACAGAGAAAGGAACCGGAAAAGAAGGUCAGUUAGAUGAUGUGUUAUUGAAACUUGGCUCACCUGGUCGAUACCACGUGAUUUGUUAUCUCCUUUUAUGGUGUUGCAAUGCAUUCGUUGCGUUUAACCACGUGUCAUUGCCGUCAACAUUUGGCAUCACACCUUCAUAUCGGUCAACCUCGUACCCAGGGUUUUUCUACGUCUAUGAUAUUCUGACGGGAUGGUUUCGUAAUAACCCUGACAGUUAUGGAAAGAAAAUAGGAUGUGCCUUGCAAAAUGGUAGACCGAACACGAUCUCGUUAAAAAAAAACACCCAUCUUCCACAAAAAGUGAACGUUUUUUUAACCUAUAAACCCAAAGCGUUUUUUGGAAAACACAAAAUAUUUGGCGUUUCGACUUUCGUCAUUGCAUGUCGAUAUGUCGACCUUGCCAUGAGACCAAAUGGCAAAAAAAUCAAAAUUAUUUCAUUUUCGGAUAUUUGUGCAUGGAACUUGGUAUGCGAUAAUAAUUUCUACCCUAUGGUAUCUACAACAGUUUAUUUCAUCGGUGUGAUGAUUGGCGGAGGGACAAUUGGUCGGGUAUCUGAUCGUUAUGGUAGAAGACCAGUACUUCUCAUCUCGUUAGGAUUGGCAAUCAUAUUCUUUGCAGUUGCUUCACUGAUAAAAAAUAUCAUCCGGUUUACAUUAUUGCGUUUUUUUGGUGGUAUAUUCGCUUGUGGGGUCCACAGUAUUGUGUAUGUGAUGACGCCCGAAUUAGCACCAAAGAAGCAUAAUAAUUACCUUUCUUUACUUCUCAUUUUUUCUUUCCUGACAUCCGUUGCUGCUGGAGGCGGUAUAUGUUGGGCAACGAAAAGUUGGUGGCAGUCACAACUCUACACAUCUUUAUCUCUGGUUAUACCGCUAUGCCUGAUGUAUUUCUUUCUUCCUGAAUCAUUUCGAUGGCUUGUCGUUCAUAAGAAAUAUAAACUACUUAAUCAAUAUCUGACAAAAGCUGCAAAGAUGAAUAAUGUGACUUUACUUUCACUGUCAGUUAUCCACAGUGGCGAAACUAUCAAAGGUGUGAAACCAAUAAACAGAAAACGAAUAUCAACAAAAAAGUUGUUUUCAUACAAAGAGCUUCGAAGAAGAUUACUGGCCAUGUUUUUUGCUUGGACAUCAGCAGCUAUUGGAUAUUACACACUAUCGCUGUCCAUGGAAUCCGUCUCUUCAGAUCCGUACUUAGCUGUAAUGAUCGGAGCUUGUUUCGAUACUGUUCCGGUAGUGAUAGCCUUCUUUACCUUGAAUAGCUCUACUGUUAGCAGGGAAAAUGUUUUUCGCUCCAACAUUUGGCUUGGUAUACGUUUAUUGUGUGGACCUCUUCCCUACUAUCGUUCGAAAAUUGAUAACUUAAAGAUUUCACUAAAUCUAGCAUUAUUCUCUGAGAGGCAGUUCCUAAAAAUAUAA